AUGGGAACGGCAGCUAUGCUUUUGCAGGCACCUGGUGUGCACCUGGGUGCCCAGGACCUGGUCAGCUGGUCCAGACAACUGCGUGCAUCAUGGAGGGGGCAGCUGCGAGGAUACGUACCUAUAGGGGGCCUGGCCAGGCCUGGAGGAUGGCCAUCAGGAGGCCAGAGCAGAACAGGACCAAGUCUCUGAUUGGUGUAGCCCGCUGUUAUCCACAGAGCUUUGCUGACGGCUAGUGUUACUGAUACUCCAAAGGAUUGGAAUGGGGAAAUUUACUUUCAAAACUGGAGCUGCCAUAAAGUGAGCUGUCACUGAAGAGGCCUUGGAGACAAAAGCCAGCACCCAUAAGUCAUCUGUCACCAGAUCAGCCAACUUGUAGAGGACAGAUCUGACUUUGAUGUGCUCAACCUUUUAAAGCAUGAAAUAAGGCGCCCAUGUACGGUUCAGAGAGUCAGAGCAGCCUCAUUUCAGCGUGCUCCCGUUAAGGACCCUCUGGUGGCUACACCGCUGACUCACAGGACAUGUACGGCAGUGCCAGAGCUGUAGGCCAUAUCGAGAGCAGCCCCGCACGGUCCCCGCGCCUGCCAAGGUCCCCCAGAUUGGGCCAUCGGAGGGCCAACAGCGGGGGCGGGGGUGGUGCGGGGGGCAAGACGCUCUCCAUGGAGAACAUCCAGUCCCUCAAUGCUGCCUACGCCACCUCGGGUCCCAUGUACCUGAGCGACCACGAGGGCGUGGGCUCCACUGCCACCUACCCUAGAGGCACCAUGACUCUGGGUCGCGCCACCAGCCGGGCCAUGUACGGGGGCCGCGUUACAGCCAUGGGCAGCAGUCCCAACAUCGCUUCAGUGGGGCUGCCUCACCAUGCUGACCUGCUGUCUUACAGUGACCUGGGCUCCCUCUCCAUGCUGCACCCCCACCACCACCAGGGGGUGCCCUCUGCCCUGCUGAGGCAGGCGGUGCGGGGCAGUGGGGGGGAGCUGCUGGAGAUGCAGGCCCAGCUCAGGGACAUGCAGAGAGAGAAUGAGCUGCUGCGCAGAGAGCUUGACCUGAAGGACAGUAAGUUGGGAUCUUCCACAAACAGCAUCAAGAGCUUCUGGAGUCCUGAGCUAAAGAAAGAGAGGAUCAUGAGGAAAGAAGAGGCUGCUCGCACAUCCAUCCUCAAGGAGCAGAUGAGAGUCACUCAUGAGGAAAACCAGCUGCUGGAGUCCAGGAGAACUAAGCAUCUCCAGAUGACCAUCCAGGCUCUGCAGGAUGAGCUACGAACACAACGAGACCUGAACCACCUCCUGCAGCAGGAGAGUGGCAACCGCUCCGCCUCUGAACACUUCACCACCAUCGAGCUGACGGAGGAGAACUUCCGUCGGCUUCAGGCCGAACAUGACAGGCAGGCAAAGGAGCUGUUCCUGCUCAGAAAGACCCUAGAGGAGAUGGAGCUGAGGAUCGAGACCCAGAAACAGACUCUGGGUGCUAGGGACGAGUCCAUUAAGAAGCUGCUGGAGAUGCUGCAGAGCAAAGGGCUGCCCUCGGGGCCGGGCAGAGCAUCAGAGGAGGAGGAGCAGGAGAGAGCGAGGCGCAUUGCUGAAGCAGAGGCCCAGCUGGGACAUCUAGAGGUCAUAUUGGAUCAGAAGGAGAAGGAGAACAUCCAUCUACGAGAGGAACUGCACAGAAGAAAUCAGCUGCACCAGGAUCCCAGCAAAACCAAGGCCCUGCAGACUAUCAUAGAGAUGAAAGACACCAAAAUUGCCUCUCUGGAGCGCAACAUUCGGGAUCUGGAGGAUGAGAUCCAAAUGCUGAAGGCGAACGGCUUACUGAACACAGAGGACAGAGAGGAGGAGAUCAAACAGAUGGAGGUCUACAAGAACCACUCUAAGUUUAUGAAGACCAAGAUUGACCAGCUGAAGCAGGAGCUGUCCAAGAAAGAGUCAGAGCUGCUGGCUCUGCAGACCAAACUAGAGACCCUGAACAACCAGAACUCGGACUGCAAACAGCAUAUCGAGGUGCUCAAAGAGUCUCUCACUGCCAAAGAGCAACGUGCUGCCAUUCUGCAAACAGAGGUUGAUGCUCUACGUCUACGCCUUGAGGAGAAGGAGUCAUUCCUGAACAAGAAAACCAAGCAGUUGCAGGACUUGACAGAGGAGAAGGGCACCCUCGCUGGAGAAAUCAGGGACAUGAAGGACAUGUUAGAGGUCAAAGAAAGGAAGAUCAACGUCCUGCAGAAGAAGAUUGAGAACCUGCAGGAGCAGCUGCGGGACAAAGACAAGCAGUUGGGGAACCUAAAGGACAGGGUCAAGUCUUUGCAGACCGACUCCAGUAACACAGACACUGCCCUGGCCACCCUGGAGGAGGCACUGUCAGAGAAGGAGAGGAUCAUUGAGCGUUUAAAGGACCAAAGAGAGAGAGAAGACCGAGAACGUCUGGAAGAAGUGGACUCAUAUAAGAAGGAGAACAAGGAUCUGAAGGAAAAGGUCAACAGCCUGCAGAUAGAGUUAACAGAAAAAGAGUCGAGUCUCAUUGAUUUGAAGGAACACGCUUCAUCUCUGGCAUCUUCAGGCCUUAAGAAGGAUUCAAAGCUGAAGUCACUGGAGAUCGCCAUUGAGCAGAAAAAAGAGGAGUGUAGUAAGUUGGAGACGCAGUUGCAGAAGCAAGCUGAGCAGCUUUUCAGUCACAUGAGCAAUCCUAAAGCCCACGAGGUGGAGCAUCAGUCAGGCUCAAGAGGAAACCCAGAGUACGUGGACCGAGUGAAGCUGCUGGAAAAGGAGGUGAGCUACUACAAGGACGAGGCCAACAAGGCUCAGACGGAGGUGGAGAGACUGCUGGACAUCCUACGAGAGGUGGAGACAGAAAAAAAUGACAAGGACAAAAAGAUUGCUGAAUUGGAAAGACAAGGAGGCAAAGACCAGACAAAGAAGGGUACAAACAUCAAACUGGGACCACAAGGGGACAAGAAAGGUUUAGGACAAGACCCUCGAAAGGACGGGACUAUGGAUGGUGGCCACCACUUAAAGUUGGAGGAGCUGAUGAACACAUUGGAGAGGACGAGGCAGGAGCUGGAUUCCACCAAGCAGCGACUAUCCUCCACACAGCAGUCACUGCAGGAGAGAGACACACACCUCACCAACAUGAGGCAAGAACGCAGAAAACAGCUGGAGGAGAUCCUUGAAAUGAAGCAACAGGCCCUGUUGGCAGCCAUCAGUGAGAAGGACGCUAAUAUUGCGCUGCUGGAACUGUCUGCUUCCAAUAAAAAGAAGACCCAGGAGGAAGUGCUGGCUCUCAAGAGGGAGAGGGACAAACUGAUGCACCAGCUCAAACAACACACUCAGAGCAGAAUGAAGCUAAUUGCAGACAACUAUGAAGACGAGCAAUAUCACCCACACGGUCCUCACCACCCCCAGCCCCAGCCCCCUCAUGCCCAGCCUCAGCCCCAGCCCCAGUAUCCCCAUCCCGCCCAUGCUCCCCACGCCCAACAGACUCCAUACCCACACGGCAUGCAUCCACAACACCCGCAGCACCCGCAAGCCCCCCAACAGCACCCACACCCACAGCAGCCACAACCCCAGUACCCUCACCCUGCUCACCCGCAGCACCCCCAGCAGCACCCUCAGCAUGCUCAGCCGCCUCCCCAACAUCAACAGCACCCACGGCCUCCCCAGCCCCAACACCCACACCAACAGCACCCACAGCAUCCUCCGCAGCACCCACAUGGACAUCCUCCUCCACAGCACCCUCAUCCACAGCACCCACAUGGCCCUCCUCAACAAGGACCCCAUCCCCAGCAUCCACAUCCCCAGCACCCUCAGCACCCUCAGCACCCUCAGCACCCACAGCACCCACAUCACGCCCAGCAUCCACGUCACCCGUCGCCCCAUCAUCGUGGAGGGCCAGCACGAGGACCCCCGCAUGCUGGUCACCGCCCAAACCAGGACCAGGAUGACGACGAGGGCAUCUGGGCAUAAUCCCAGCUGUGACAACCAAAGCUCUAAUGUUGUUUUGAGGGAUGAUUCAGUCACUACUGGAGGAGCACAGCCAUGCCAUGAUGUUGAAACACCACCUGACCAGACAUUUCUUACCUCCACCCAAUCAACACUCAGCAAUGGGACCUUUUUUUUUUAUUUUCUGGGGGAGGG